GGUGAGUGUGUGACGUCACCCGAGCGCGACCAGCGGCGUGUGUGUGAUCGCUGAAGGACAGAGAGCAGAUCAUCAUCAGUGUUUAGAGUGAGUUUAGAGUGAGAGAACAUAAACAUCAGUGUUUAGAGUGUACAGAAGAGUCUCGUGAUGAGCGUCGGACUGCUGUCAUGCGCACUGAGGGCUCUGUCUCUGGGCUCCUCUCAGAUCGCCGGUUUCCCGGUCGCUUCCGGUGUCUGCACUGCUCUGACCGGAAGUCGCGGCUUCAUGACGAGCGCGUGUGACCUGCAGAACCGGAGCCUGUGGAAACAGAGGGACAAAUACACCGUGCGACCGAUCGGCGUGAAGAAGACCGGAGGACGAGAUUACACCGGUAGGAUCAUCACACAGCGGAUCGGUGGAGGACACAAGCAGCGCUAUCGUAUGAUCGACUUCCAGCGGCUGCGUUAUGAAGCUGGUAAAGAGCAGCAGCCCAUCGAGGAGAAGGUGAUGGAGGUCAGAUACGACCCCUGCAGGUCCGCAGACAUCGCUCUGGUGGCCGGCGGGAGCCGAAAGCGCUGGAUCAUCGCCACAGAACACAUGGAGGCUGGAGACGUGAUCCGCACAUCUGGAGCCAUCGGACGCAUGGCAGUGCUGGCCAGAGAGGGAGACUCUCAUCCGCUGGGGGCACUUCCUGUCGGCACGCUGGUCAAUAAUCUGGAGCUGUUCCCCGGGAAGGGAGCGCAGUACAUCCGUGCCGCAGGAACGUGUGGAGUGCUGCUGCGGAAGGUCAACGGCACGGCCAUCGUCCAGCUCCCCUCCAAACAUCAGAUCCAGGUGUUGGAGACGUGUAUGGUGACGGUCGGCAGAGUGUCUAAUGUGGAGCACAACAAGCGUGUGAUUGGGAAGGCGGGCCGGAACCGCUGGCUGGGCAUCAGACCGAGCAGUGGCCUGUGGCAGAGGAAGGGCGGCUGGGCCGGACGCAAGAUCAGACCGCUGCCUCCCAUGAAGAGCUUCAUCAACCUGCCGUCUGCAGCCGCCAAAUCCUGAGACAUCAGUCCCUCACCCUGCGUCAUCUUUCUUCAGGUCUGACCAGUCACAGAGAAAUUAAGGUUUUGAGGAAAACACUGCAGGAUUUUUCUCCAUAUUUCA